AUGAAACUUUUAUUUUUUUAUUUUUUACUUCUUCUAUUUUGGAGUACAAAUAAUGUUGUUAAUAGUAUAACAUUUUUAAGAGAUCCAGUUACAUUUUUAAAUUUGAAUGAAACAUUAAAAGGUAAAAAAAAUGAUUAUAAAUGGAAAGAGGAAUUUUUUGAAAAAAUGCCAAUUGAUCAUUUUAAUUAUAAUGAUGAUAGAACAUUUAACUUGAGAUAUUUAAUAAAUGUAAUGUAUUACAAACCUGGAGGACCAAUAUUUUUUUAUACUGGAAAUGAGGGUUCUAUUGAAGUUUUUGCAAAAAAUACAGGAUUUAUGUGGGAUAUAGCACCAGAUUAUCAUGCUGCAAUAGUUUUUGCUGAACAUCGUUUUUAUGGAAAAAGUUUACCAUUUGGUAAUGAGUCAUUUUCAGAUAUCAAAAACUUGGGUUAUUUAUCAUCAAGUCAAGCAUUAGGAGAUUUUGCUGUAUUAAUAAAAUUUUUAAAAAAAGAUAGAUUACCAAAUGCAAUUAAAUCCCCAGUUAUUGCUUUUGGUGGUAGUUAUGGUGGUAUGUUAGCAUCGGCUUUGAGAUUAAAGUAUCCUCAUCUUUGUGAAGGUGCAAUCGCCUCAUCUGCUCCUAUUUAUUGGUUUCAAGGGAAAUUAAAUAAAGAUAAUACUUAUGAUAACAUUGUUACAAGAACAUUUAAAUUGUCAGGAUGUAAUGUAGAUACCAUUUCAAAAUCUAUUGAUGCUGUUAAAAAUAUUGUAACUAAAAAAGAUGGAUUAGAUUGGAUAAAUAAAUUAUUUAAAUUAGAGAAGAAAUCUCUUCUGACAAAGGCAGAGGAUGGAGAAUGGUUGAUUGAUAACUUUAGAGAUACACUUGGAACAAUAGCAAUGGUUGAUUAUCCUUAUGAAUCUAAUUUCCUUUCACCAUUACCAGCAUCACCAGUCAAAGAAGCAUGUAAACAUUUUCAAGGAAGUGAUAAGUACGAUGACAAAACACUUGUUACAUCUAUUUAUAAAGUUUUAAAUUUAUUUAACAAUUAUACUGGAAAUACACCAAAUUUAUGUGUUAAUCCGGAUACCUGUUCUGGACCCUUUUCUGGAUUAGGAGAUAUAUUGGGAUGGACAUGGCAAGCUUGUACGGAAAUGAUUAUGCCUAUGUGUGAUAAUGGUUUACCUGAUGAUAUGUUCCCAAAAAAUUGCCCAUUUAAUUUGAAUAAUUAUCUAGAAAAGUUUUGUAAAAAAACUUUUGAAAAAAUAGGUUACAAAACAAGUUUAGCUAAUCCUGAUUCAUAUAUGACAAAUUAUGGCGAUAGCUAUGAAACUGUUGGAAAUAUUGUCUUUACCAAUGGAUAUUUAGAUCCAUGGAGUGGUGGUGGUUGGAUGUUAAAACCAGGAACAAAAGGUUCAGUUGUAAGUAUUAUUAUCAGUUCUGGAGCACAUCAUUAUGAUUUAAGAGAACGUAACAAAUUAGAUACACCAGAAGUUAAAGAAGCUCGAAGAUUAGAAGUGAAACAUAUAAGUCAUUGGAUAAGAAAAGCUAAGAAACGCCAUGCUAAAGAAUUAAAGCACCAAUUAAGAGAGAAACAAGAUUUAAAAAAGCAAAAACAAAUGACUAAGUUGACAAUACGUUAA